UGCUGCCUUCAGGGUCUAUCGACAAACCCAAAAAUGUGCUGAAUCUUUUUUCCGUCUCUUUGUUCGACGUUCCAAUUUGAUUUGGACACGGAACACUAAUUUUUAACCGUUAUAUUUCUCUCACGUAGUAUUUCUCACUAAGACAAUCUUUUCUGCGGCUUUCAAAUCCCGCGUAAGGACUAGCGGCCGUGAGUUACUGUUAUCUCCCGGCUGAACGCGAAAGCACCAUUAAUCACAGCAGUAACCGGGUUCUUGCUUGGUUUCUGUGGUAGCACACCUGGAAGUUCUCGUCAAACGCGGCCGUGGAAUGAUGCUCCGUCAUUUUUCACAAAAAGAAGACGCUAUGUUUGAAGUUUCUGGAAUCCCAUACAUCCUGUUGGACAUUACUUGUCUCAUUCUCGUGGGACUUCCCUUCGUCAUCCUCACUCCUCAGCACAGUCCGUUCAAGCGAGGCUUCUUCUGCGAUGACGAUUCCAUCCGCUACCCCCUCAAAGAGGACACAAUUUCCUACCAGCUCCUGGGGGGUGUCAUGAUCCCCUUCACGCUCAUUGUUAUCAUCUGUGGAGAGUGCCUUUCCAUCUACCUGACCCACAUUAAGAGCAAGAUGCUCACCCACAAGUAUGCAGUGUGCAUCUACAAGGCCGUGGGCUGCUACUUGUUUGGGGCUGCGGCCAACCAGUCACUGACGGACAUCGCCAAGUAUUCCGUCGGACGUCUGCGGCCGCACUUUCUGGCCGUGUGCAAGCCGCAGUGGGAUCGCAUCAACUGCAAAGCUGGAAGAUUUGUGGAAAAUUUCACCUGUUCUGGCGAGCAAUUUCUCGUGGAUGAAGCUAGGCUGUCAUUCUUUUCUGGCCAUUCAUCGUUCUCAAUGUACUGCAUGUUAUUUCUGGUUCUGUACAUCCAAGCCAGGCUUAAGGCCAAGUGGGCGAGGCUCCUGCGGCCCACUGUCCAGUUCUUCCUGUUCGCCACCGCUGUCUACGUUGGUCUGACCCGAGUGUCCGAUUAUAAGCACCACUGGAACGACGUGCUUGCCGGCCUCGUGAAUGGUGGCGCUGUGGCCUUCUUUACUGUGUUCUGCGUGUCCAACUUCUUCCAGCAGCCCAUCAAGACGGGCGUGUCCCAGGAGGAAGGAGGCCAACACACCAGUUUACAGCACAGCCCACCCCACUCCAACCACUAUGGCAGCACUGACUGAACCCUCCCAUCACAGAACCCCCCUAACUGCAGGAGAGAUUGAGUAGAGGGGCAGCAUAUGCACUUUACUGAGAUACGAGAACAUAAGAUUAAUGCUUGUUGUGACUGUGUUGCAUACAAGGAGUAACUUUUUACAACAGUGCGCACUAGGUGGACAUACAGCAUGUGUCACAGACGAAAGAAAUUCCAUUUGCUGCAAAUAUAAUGGGAGUCUUGUGCGCUCACUGCAAGCAGGCUUGUAAGGGAGAGCCUGGCACCUGUAAAAAACCUUCACUGUCCUUAAAGGAGGCGUACUGUACAUUCACCACUCACAAAAAGUUGCAGCUAUUUUGUUGAAGCUUCAGGAUGAACGUACAAUUCAUUCUAUUCUUUAACAAGGUAACUGUUAAUUUUUUUUAGACUAAGAUGAUACAUAACAAUUGAUUAACAAGGCUUCUAACAGCAUGUUGUUAGAGGGAAGUGGCCACUGAGCUGAUACUUUCUUAAUGUCAUCAGCAGGUUGCAACAGUGAGACCGGAAUAGAGGUGGAUGUAUUUGUUAAAAAAAAAAAAAAAAAAACAUCCUUCUUUCUUUUUAAAUGGUUUCAUGUCUUAAUCUUGUUUUUGAACUUUCUUUCAUAAUUUAAAACAGUUUCGGGGUAUCUUAAUGCAUGUAAUGCUAGCCCAGGUAUUUGUAAAUUUUCCCCACAGAAUCAGUUGCGGUAGUUACUCAAACAUUUAUAUUAAAAACACCCAUUAACAGCAAUGAACAUCCAGUCCAAUUUAACUGGGAGGGUUGGCAGCAAUUAUCCUCUCAUCCCGCUCCAUUUAGUAUGGAUUUUAUUAAAAUGUCAAAAAGGACCUCCACUGUGUGGACAAGAAAAAUGCAGCUCAUGAGAAGCGAACACUGAUAGCUGAUGCAUGUGUGUGUAACCAUGGAACUCACUGUUAACCUAUUAAUUUCACACUUGAUACAUAGACAAGCAUUCGUUGCCUAUAGAAACCAGUCAGAUUUUCUGAUAUGCUGACUUUAGUUUAGAACUAAGUCAGUGUAUUUACAGAUAUUUUUCUAUUCAUCAUUCAUUGCCUUUGAUUGUGGCUAUGCUGCUUUGAAAUGCUGUUAAAGGAUGGAUUGUCAUGUGUUUUACUUCAGUUUUAUAAAAACUUGUAUUAGAAAAAUAUUCCCAAUGAGGAAUGACCAACCUUUUUAGUUGUCUUCCAAAGAACAUAUUUUAUGUAUAAAUAAAAUAAUGAACCCGUUUAGUGUUAAAUAUUGCAAGCAUAUUUUGCUUAAUUUAUUUGUUUUAUUUUUAAAUCAAUUUUUAUACCUGGAUUUAAGCCAGCCAGAAAUGUCUCACAUAGUUUUGAAUUGCCCACAUGUCAUCGGUUCCUCUUCCUUGACGCUAUGCUGUUGAAAAUUUGAACAAUAAAACAACCAUUUUGCUACUAUGUCAUGAGAAGGGAUGUUUUCUUUGUAAUCAUGUUGCAUACGCUUGCAAGAGGUAGUAUAAUUUGUUUUCGUAUAACAAGUAUAUAAUAUACUAUAUAUUCAUGUAGCUAUAGUCAAGGCGUAGUGAAUUUCUAUUUCAAAUUGUGUUAGUCAUCUAGCAAAUAAAAUCACAGUAAAAUGAACAACUUCUGGAAUGUGCCAUUGAAAACUGAGUGUUAUGUUAGAAAAAAUAUUUACAGAGUAAAAGUCCCAACUAAGGUGAGUUAUCCUGCCGGA